UUCGGUACCCACCAAAGUCGUACAAUUUGCUCAAAAUGUUGUAUAAGUUAGUUGGACUCGGCGCUUUUUUGGGAGCAAUUUCGCUUUCUGGGGGCCUCUCCAUAGCACCUAAUGGUUUUGAUGGUGUAUUUGGCUUCGUCAAGAUCGGAUCCAAUUAUUACUUUAUUGAAGAUAAAGUUCAAAAGAAUUGGUAUGAUGCUUACGAGUCUUGUCGACGAAUGAAAGCCGAUUUAGUCGCGUUUAAUAACUUGGAGGAGUUGAAGGAGAUUAAUCAAUACCUUCUUAAAGCAAAUGAGGGUAAAGAAUUUUGGACUGCUGGCACUGACUUGGCGAAACAAGGUGAACAUAUUUGGUUUUCGAACGGACAACGCAUCUCUUCGGAUCUUUUUCGCAUUGGAGAGCCAAACAAUCAAAAUAAUAAUGAACACUGCGAUAAUAUGUGGAUAUCCAGCACAGCUAUUGGGCUGAAUGACGAUGGAUGCGGAAAAUCUUAUUACUAUAUUUGCCAGGCACCCGACCUAAAACAGCUUGUUUUAUUGUAUGGUAGACUGACCAUUGGAUAAUAUAGUUAUGAAUCUUAUAAAUGAUCGACGAACAUUUGAACAAUAAAGCAUACAAUUGAAAAUAAGACAA